GGUCGCUGUGGCGACGUGGGACGCGGCCCGGCCCGGCCAUGGCCUCGUACGGGCUCGGGGUCCGCAUGGGGAACUGGCUGGAGGAGGAGUACGCGCAGCAGGAGCUGCUGAGGGAUUUUAUCCGUAAGAGAGAGCAAGGACAACUUUUAAUACAGAGAUUAGCAAAACUUCAAGAGAAUAUUUUCAAGAGGGUAGAGCUGUCGGUAUCUUCUGACGGAUUUGUUCACUUUGGAGACACCGUGCUGCUUAUGAAUCCAGACAAAAAAUGCUCGGAUUUGGAAGGGACCUCGGAGGAGAGGGAGCCCGAAAUGCGUGGUGAUGUGACUCUGGCUGUUGACAUGGAAGAAAUCUCUCUGUACAAGGACGAACCCCUGCAGGUCUCACGUGGACUUAGUGCAGUCAAGAGUGUGGACCCCAUAGGUCGAAACGCUUUCUGUAUUGUAAGUGUUGAUGGAAGUGCAGUGGGUGAACCCCUUAGAUACGGGCAAAACUUUGUUCUUGGGACAAAAGGAGGGGUUUCUGACAAACUGUUUUAUCUGGCAAGUGACCACAAAACAUUUAAAGAUUUUGCUAAAAAAUCUCGCCUUCAGAAAGUGUAUUUGACACCUGAGCUUUCCUACUUGACUUUCUGGCAAGCUAAGUCCUUGGAUCCACAACUGCGUCUUGAACAUGAAGGAUUUCCAGUUCCUGCAGAAACUAAAAUUAUUAUUACUCAUUGCUACACCAAUCGCAACUUAGCUGUUCCAAGGACCUUCUGUGUGUGGUCUCAUUUUGGAAGAGAAUUUGAAGUUAUUUGUCACAAUUAUCUCGACUCCCACAGAGUUGAAGACGAUAAGAAUUACUGGGAGAUAAUAACAGGAAAUCCUGGUCCUGAAGAUGGUACAAUGUUUGACAGACCCCAAGCUUUCCCAGAAGGGUAUAAGAGGAAUGAGUUUCAUGAAAAGACAGAGAACGUAAAAGCCCAAGACUACAGCCAGGAGAGGUUGAUGAGAUUCUAAUUCUUGUUUCUUUCUGUUUAGAUUUCAGAGAUGUUUAUUUUAAAAAUAGAAACGAAAGUCUGCCAUUAGUAAUAUUGCAUAAUCUCAUUAACUCAUCAAGGUUAUAAUGGGCAAAAAACUCUUAACGUUUGAGGAACAACACAUUGAAAAUUGUUAGUCAGGAAAGGCUCCUUUUCCCAUUUUCACCUUCACUGAUGACAGAAGUUGUCGGUACCCAGGAAACCUAACAGAUUUUCAUUAAAUUACUGGCACUUGGAGUAUAUUUAACCAAUUCUUCCACAGCCAAACCAGUGUCACAAUUUUUAAAAGGGUGAGUGGACAGUUUCCAAAACACUGAAAACCAAACACACGCAAAGUUAUCAUGAGAUGCUUUGACAUUUAAAGUUCAGCUGAAAGAAAGCUGGUUCCACCCACCAUCUAGUACAACGUUGCCAAUUAUUAAAUCACAAGUGGGAUUCUUUUAUCUUGAAAUUAGCUUCUAAUUCAUGGAUAUAAAUUGAGUUUUUAAUGUUUUUCCAUGUAUUCUAAACACUUUAAUAUCAGGAAAUCAAGAACUUGAGCACAGUGAUACAGACUAGAGACUUAGAACAGCCUUUUCCAUGCACCACCAUGUUCCAUUUACUUCUCACCCACCCAGCAUUUUCCAAUCCAUAGUAAUUUCUAACAAGUUUGAGAAUAAGGUAAAAUUGUCAAACAAAAUUUGGCGCCCACAAGUUUCAUGAAAGUAAAUGCCAAAGCAGAAAACAGAUAUGACAUGCUGCAAGUUUAUCCAGUAAGAAAAAGAUUGUAGUCUAUAUUCAUACUUAGACAUCAGAGUAGCCACAUGAAAAGAAAAAAUAAGGCCUUUGAAACUCACAUUUUUUUAAAAACAAAAUCAACCAAAUAUAAAAUGCAAAGACUUGGAAAACAGAUAUCAUUACUGCAGAUUUACCUGUCUUUAUGUAGAAGCUGAAAAAGCAUCUCAGAGAAUCUUCUACUGUAUGGCGUUCCAUGAUAUCCAUUUAGUUAAAUAUAUAUUUAUUUCAUGUCCUACUGUACCACAGGAGCAGGCUCUUUCUGCACAAUGUGACUACCUGAGUAAAAUACAACACUGAUCUCCAUUCAUAAAAGAUUCCAGAGAUCUUCAGGGAUUAUAAAGGUCAAUUAAAACUUUCUAAGUUUUCCAAAACAGACCCACUAAACUUAUACAGAAGAAGGGGUUGGUCCAAACAUGUCUUUAAGCUCUAUUCCCCAAUAAUCUGAAGCCCACAGGCAAGGCUUACUAAGUUUUACCUUUAUGCAAUAUAAAUUAAGUCAGCAGACUGCAGCAUCAAGUAACUGGCAUUUGGCAUACAGGGUGUCUGAGCAGCAGACAGAUCAUGCUGCUGUGACAAGCAAGUUUGCUUUGAGGGACUGCAGAGGACAGCUUUAGAAUCACACUCCUUGUGUGCAAACCUUUACAGACUUAUUAGAGAUGGCCUGUCAUAGAAAUUAUCUUUAGGGACUUUUUUCACUUUUUCCUUUUAUUUUCUAUAUAAGGAUUAUUAACAUGAUAGGCAAAGUUAUUCUAGAGGGUCUGUUAAUAGUCCAAUAUUCAGAGGUUAAAAUUUGCACAUUUUCACAAUGGAUUGACAUAAAUCUGCUUAUAUUUUUUUAGAUAUUAAAGUUUAGUGGAUAAAGUUUUGUAGAUACUUAAGUUUAGUAAGACUUAAACUUCAUGAAGGCACUGUAGUGUUUCUAACUUGGCCAUUUUGGACUUUUACUGGUAUUAAAUGAAGCUAUUUUGACUCUAAGUCUCUUAACUCUGGGUCAAAUGUAGGAAACAAGAAGAGGCCUUAAACCAAAACCAUUUCUGAAACAAAGCUUGGUGUGAACUCAUGCAGGAAUGAGGACUGUGUGGGAGGGUGCCUGGGCUGGGAAAUGUUUUGGGUAAGAGUUUGUGUGUGUGUUAGAGUGGAAGGAAAGCAAUGCACGCUGUACAAAAACAAAUUUUGCAAAGACUUAGAGGAAAAACAAAGAGAUAAACAGAUACAGGAAUGAGUACAAAAGCAGAUCGUGUUGGAAUUGAGUGCCAAUUAAAAGUAGCUUGGAGACUUGUGUGCUUUGAUCACUUUGUGCUCAUUGGACAGGAUUUCUGGAGCUGCAAAUCAGCAGGAUUGAAUCAAUAUUCCUGAUUCCAUUAGCAGCGUUAAACCCACAGAUUUGUGCAGAGCUCUUAUAUAAUAUGUAUUUAUAAUUCAUCUAAUUCACGAUAACAAAUACAGAUACCCAAUAACAAAUAAAGGUUUCCCAACUUUUUUUAAAGCUAUUUUUUGCGCUUCUUAAUGUCCACACGAUGGCAGCACAUGUUUCUAAAAAGCACAAUUCCUGUGAGAUGUUUAAAUCCAAAUGGGUCCCUGAUACAAUGUCACAGGAGGAAACCAAGU